AUGUCAACUGAACCGACAAGUGCCUCUGAUAAAUAUCAGAAGAUUUCUCAACUGGAGCAUAUCUUGAAAAGACCAGAUACCUAUAUCGGCUCUGUUGAAACCCAAGAACAACUACAGUGGAUAUAUGAUGAAGAGACUGAUUGUAUGAUUGAAAAGAAUGUCACAAUAGUCCCAGGGUUGUUUAAAAUCUUUGAUGAAAUUUUAGUCAAUGCGGCAGAUAAUAAAGUUCGUGAUCCAUCGAUGAAACGAAUCGACGUGAAUAUACAUCCUGAUGAGAACACUAUAGAGGUAAAAAACGACGGUAAAGGUAUUCCCGUGGAGAUUCAUAAUAAGGAAAAUAUUUACAUUCCUGAGAUGAUUUUUGGUCACCUGUUGACGUCAUCAAACUAUGAUGAUGAUGAGAAGAAAGUCACUGGUGGUAGAAACGGUUAUGGUGCUAAACUUUGUAACAUAUUCUCUACCGAGUUUGUCCUAGAAACUGCAGAUUUAAACGUUGGUCAGAAGUAUAUCCAAAAAUGGGAAAAUAAUAUGAGUAUUUGCCAUCCUCCAAAAAUAACAUCCUACAAGAAGGGCCCUUCAUACACGAAAGUUACAUUCAAGCCAGAUUUGUCCAGAUUCGGAAUGAAAAAUUUAGACAAUGAUAUUUUAGGGGUGAUGCGCAGAAGGGUUUAUGAUAUCAAUGGUUCCGUUCGUGACAUCAAUGUCUAUUUGAACGGCAAGCCUCUAAAGAUAAGAAAUUUCAAAAACUAUGUCGAACUUUACUUGAAAUCACUUGAAAAGAAAAGACGACUAGAUAGCGGUGAGGAUACUGCCGCUAAUUCUAAUAUUCCAACUAUACUUUACGAGAAAUUAAACAACAGAUGGGAGAUUGCUUUUGCGGUCUCUGAUAUUUCUUUCCAACAAAUUUCGUUCGUAAAUUCUAUUGCAACCACUAUGGGAGGUACCCAUGUUAAUUACAUAACAGACCAAAUUGUCAAAAAGAUCCUAGAAAUUUUGAAGAAUAAGAAGAAAAAAAGUGUCAAACCUUUUCAGAUCAAGAACAAUAUGUUCAUCUUCAUUAAUUGUUUAGUCGAGAAUCCUGCAUUUACUUCACAAACAAAAGAGCAGUUGACAACAAGAGUUAAAGACUUUGGCUCCCGUUGUGACAUACCUAUGGAGUAUAUCAAUAAAAUCAUGAGAACUGAUUUGGCUACAAGAAUGUUUGAAAUUGCCGAUGCAAAUGAUAACAAUGCGUUAAAGAAAUCCGACGGUACAAGAAAAAGUAGAAUCACCGAUUACCCAAAACUGGAAGAUGCUAACAAAGCUGGUACCAAAGACGGUUAUAAAUGUACUUUGGUACUAACGGAAGGAGAUUCUGCGUUGUCAUUAGCUGUCGCAGGUUUAGCUGUUGUAGGUAGAGAUUAUUAUGGUUGUUAUCCACUCCGUGGUAAAAUGUUGAAUGUUAGAGAAGCUAGUGCUGAUCAGAUUCUGAAAAAUGCCGAAAUUCAAGCAAUAAAAAAAAUCAUGGGUUUACAACAUCGUAGGAAAUACGAAGAUACAAAAUCCUUGAGAUAUGGCCAUCUUAUGAUAAUGACAGAUCAAGAUCAUGAUGGUUCGCACAUCAAAGGUUUAAUUAUAAACUUUUUAGAAAGUUCAUUUCCUGGUCUCCUAGACAUAGAAGGUUUCCUACUUGAAUUCAUCACUCCAAUCAUUAAAGUUUCUAUUAGUAAACCAACAAGAAAAACUAUCGCGUUCUACAAUAUGCCAGAUUACGAAAAAUGGAGGCACGAUGAAUCUUACAAAUACACUUGGAAACAGAAGUAUUACAAAGGAUUGGGUACGUCCCUAGCAAAGGAAGUGCGUGAAUACUUUUCUGACUUGGAUAGGCAUUUGAAGAUAUUCCAUUCAUUGCAAGGUAAUGAUAAAGAUUUCAUUGAUUUAGCCUUUUCUAAGAAGAAGGCAGAUGACCGUAAAGAAUGGUUGAGGAAAUAUGAACCUGGUACUGUCUUAGACCCUACUUUGAAAGAGAUUCCGAUUAGUGAUUUCAUUAAUAAGGAAUUGAUUCUUUUCUCCUUAGCAGAUAACAUACGUUCGAUCCCUAAUGUUCUAGAUGGGUUUAAGCCUGGUCAAAGAAAAGUUCUUUAUGGUUGCUUCAAAAGAAACCUGACAUCAGAAACCAAAGUGGGCCAACUGGCACCAUAUGUGAGUGAAUGCACAGCUUACCACCAUGCUGAGCAAUCAUUGGCACAAACUAUCAUUGGGUUAGCCCAAAAUUUCGUUGGGUCCAACAAUAUUUACUUGUUAAUGCCUAACGGUGCAUUCGGUACAAGGGCCACUGGUGGUAAGGAUGCAGCAGCUGCGAGAUAUAUCUAUACGGAAUUGAAUAAAUUGACUCGUAAAAUAUUUCACCCUUCUGAUGAUCCAUUAUACAAAUAUAUACAGGAAGAUGAAAAAACAGUGGAGCCAGAGUGGUAUUUGCCAAUUCUUCCUAUGGUCCUAGUUAACGGUGCAGAAGGUAUUGGCACUGGUUGGAGUACUUAUAUUCCUCCAUUCAAUCCGUUGGACAUUAUAAAGAAUAUAAGACAUUUGAUGAACGAGGAAGAUCUUGAGCAAAUGCAUCCAUGGUUUAGAGGAUGGACCGGUACAAUGGAGGAAAUUGAUCCUCUGCGUUACAGAAUGUACGGUAGGAUUGAACAAGUUGGUGCUAACACAUUGGAAAUAACUGAGUUGCCAGCGAGGACUUGGACAACAACUAUCAAAGAAUACCUUCUUUUAGGUUUAAGCGGUAACGAAAAAAUAAAACCUUGGAUCAAGGAUAUGGAAGAACAGCAUGAUGAUAACAUCAAAUUCAUAAUAACGCUAUCACCGGAGGAAAUGGCUAAAACAAGAAAAAUAGGUUUUUAUGAAAGAUUUAAACUAAUUUCACCUAUUAGUUUAAUGAACAUGGUUGCCUUUGAUCCUCAAGGAAAAAUCAAAAAGUACAAUUCUGUGAACGAGAUUUUGAGUGAUUUUUAUUACGUUAGACUAGAAUACUAUCAAAAGAGGAAGGACCAUAUGAGCGAAAGAUUACAAUGGGAAGUAGAAAGGUAUUCUUUCCAGGUUAAAUUUAUCAAAAUGAUAAUCGAGAAUGAGCUAUCAGUCACUGAUAAGCCUAGAAGGGCUAUUAUCCAAGAACUUGAGGAUUUAGGAUUCCCCAGGAUCAAUAAAGAAGGAAAACCAUAUUACGGGAGUCCCAAUGCUGAGAUAGCUGGCCAGAUUGAUUACGCAAAAAGUUCAACUACUGACGAAGAAGACGAAGAAAGCUCUCACGAAGAUACCGAUAAUACUAUUAAUGGUCCUGAAGAACUGUAUGGUACAUAUGAGUAUUUACUAGGAAUGAAAAUAUGGUCAUUGACUAAGGAAAGGUAUCAAAAGCUGUUGAAACAGAAACAGGAAAAAGAGAUUGAAUUAGAAAACCUGUUAAAACUUUCCGCUAAGGAUAUAUGGAAUUCUGAUUUGGAUGCCUUUGAAAUUGGAUAUCAUGAAUUUCUGAAACGUGAUAAAGAUGCUCGCGGUGGUAAAGUGCCUGAUAAAGGAGGAAAAACCGAAGGUAAGAGAAAGAGAAAACUUGCUGACGACGAUGACUACGACCCAUCAAAAAAGAGUAAGAAAGCUCCUGCUAGAAAGGGUAAAAAAAUUAAACUGGAAGAUAAAAGUUUUGAAAGAGUUUUAUUAGAACGAAAACUGGUAACAAAAGGCAGGGGACCUACAAGGAUUAAAAAGGAAAAAACAUCACUUGUUCCAAAAGCAAAUACAGAAGAAGAAGAAGAAGAAGAUGAUGAAGAGAGUGUUCAUUCUUCCACGAGUUCUUCUAUUUUUGACAUAAAAAAAGAAGAUGAUAAAGAUGAAAGCGGGUUAAGUAAGAUGUCGAACAAGUUUAAAAAAAUAAGCACACUUUUCGAUAAGAUGGGUUCCGCUUCCGCCACAUCCAAGGAGAGUACACCAGAAAAGGGUACUACAGCAACCACAAAGAAAUCUGUCGCCGUUAAAAAAGCCCCUCCGAAACCGAAACCAAUUGGGAAGCCAGCAAGGAAACAACAAAAUAUUGUUGAACUAUCUGAUGAAAGCGACCUAGAAGUUCUAGAUUCGUAUAACGAUCGAGGAGACAAAUAUGAAGAUGAAGAUGAAGAUGAAGAUGAUGCUGUACCGCAACGACCAAGAAGACAACGGUCAACAAGAGCUGCGUCGGCUCCUAGGAAAUCUUACGCUGAAACUUUAGAACUAUCUGAUGAUAGUUUCAUUGAGGAUGAUGAAGAGCUAGAACAAGGAUCGGAUGUAUCUUUCAAUGAAGAGGAUUGA